CUCGUCUUCCCUCUUUUCCUUCCACGUCGAUUCCUCCAACUCUUCUUUUCUAUCUUUAGCAAUCCUUCAUACCCACAUCCGCUCCAAUACUCAUCGCGCAUAUCCCGCCUACCAAACUCGUCCAUUCCUAUCCUACUUGCUUCUUAUUGACGCCCCUCCAUCUAGACCCGCUGCUUUGGUAGCUUCUGGUCUUUUGCCUCGACCACGCCAUUCAUCCUUGCCGCACCCCAGGGUCUUGGUCGUCAAAGCGUCAUUUUACCUUGUCCUGCCGCUCUCUGUACUCCUGCGCUCUCCAACUACACCCAUCACAAAGCCAUCUCGGCUUGCUAUCGUGGCAACAGUCUUGUCAAAUCUUCCGCCGCUACCUCUUUGUUCGUCGCAACCGCUUUGGGUUUCACUCUGUUCCAAAAGAGCCCUCGAGCCCAUCCCCGCAACCGGCACUUGCUUUGAGAGAAUUCAUCCACACACGACUCGUAACAUCCUUUCUCGCCCCCCAUAUUCCUUCCUGACGCGCAUGCUCAAAAUAUUUGACAAAUAUGGGUCGGAGGAAGAUUGAAAUCAGAGCCAUCAAGGAUGAUCGCAAUCGCUCAGUGACAUUCCUCAAACGCAAAGGAGGUCUCUUUAAAAAGGCAUAUGAGCUCUCCGUUCUUUGCUCCGUCGAUGUCGCCGUCAUCAUCUUCGGUCAUAACAAAAAACUAUACGAGUUUUCCUCCGGCGACAUCAACGAAACCCUCCGACGCUACUCAUAUUACGGUCCUCCUCAUGAACAUAAGGGUCCGGGAGACUUCAAAGGAAAAGGCGGAGAUGAUGAUGACGAUGAAGAUGAGGAUGAUGAUCAGCCUUCUCACGCCCGGGAAGACUCGUUACCACCGGCGCAGGCGAUGCCGCACGUUUCGCACCACAACGCUUUUACCCAUGUCCAGCAACCAAUGGCUUCAGUCUCACCGCCCAUGCCCAAUGGCGUUUUCCAGCGACAUUCAACCCCUCAACCCCAGCUGAUGGUCUCGAGGCCGCCCUCUCAAAACAUGAUUCGAAGAACGAGUUCGACUCUGGUGCCCAUGCAACAGCACCCGACGCCAACCCCGCCCCAAAACGGAUAUGCCUACACUCCCAAUCCGCCCAUCUACAACCCGAGCGCAGGUCCCAGCCUGCCUCCUCACCCUUCACCUCAGCCUCAAUACCAACAGUUCCCUCCCCAACAGCAACAUGCACCUCAGCCGACUCCACCCCCAACCCAGAUGCCACAGGCCCACCAACAGUAUCUACAAGAGCAGCAGCGCCAGAUCCAUCCGCCUCCCGCCGUGACUCAACCCACCCUCCAGCCCCCUGCUCUCCCUCAAGCCCGCACCUCACCUCGACCAGAAAACCAGUCCCUGCGGCCGCCUCCACAGACAAGCCCACCUCAGUCGAAGCAUGGAUCGUCCAAGUCUAGGAGUAUCUUCACACCCAUCGACGAGGGAGGCUCCGUCUUGGCUCAACAUUUCUUCGGAGCCCCUGAUCCCCCAAGAAGCCAACGCGAAGACGAUGUGCCGUCCCUCGAUAUCAAGCCUCCGCCCCGAAGCAUCCCAUCUCCUCAGAUAGCCCUUCCCACCACUCAAUCCGCUAUUCGAUCUCAUACCACCUCUGUGCCUGAAUUUGCUCCCCCACAAAGGACCAACACAACAGGGUCCAAGUCUGGCGCUCGACCCAAAUUGAAUUUACAGAUACCUUCAGAGGCCGAGGACAACGACUCUCCCACAGGAGGAUCACCUUUGCAGUCAGCGGGCCCAUCCGCCAACCCGGCCCGGAGUGGAGAUCAUAUUGUCCUCCCCCCUCCGUCGCCGAGUGCGUCGGCGGUUAUGUCGGCUGGAGCGAGUGGCCCGCCCAAUCCAUUUGCACGACCCCCUCCGCCAGCUUCUAAUCAGAACCGAGAUGCAUAUGGGGACAACCGUAAUAACAUCGAGACACCCAUCUCAGCCCUGCCUAGUCGUUAUAUGAACAACGACCUCCUCCCGAGUCCGAGCAAUUUCUUCAGUGAGUGGUAUGACAAUGGUCGGAAUUCUGCAGUCCUGCCAAGCCCACUGGUUUUCCCGACGCCUUCGAAUGAUCGGGGCCUAGGUUUCGGCAGUCGAGACCAGGCAAAUGAGAGCAGCGGAGAGAAAAGGAAAGGGAGUGUAGAUGAGCGAGAAGGCGAUGCGAAAAAGGUCAAAGCUUAGAAUUGGUUUGCCGAGCGACAACGUUGAUGAUAUGUGGUGGGAUAUUGAAAACAUACUGCGAUGACGACCUAUUACGACUUGCACAUGCGGAAUUGGAGGACUCAACUGGAUAUUUGUUCACCAAGGAAUUGGCGAGGUUGUCUUGAAUGCGUUGUGACAAGGCACUACAUCAAGAGCUCCAGUCUGGACCAGGGAUGCUCUACUAUGCAUAGCGUGGAGUGUGGAAGAUGUUUUUUUUUUUGCGAAUGAAUAUCAAUCAGAUUGGAUCGAUUGGAAGAAUUGAGACCCGCUCAGAGUCUCGUGAGAGGGCAGAACGGCCGUUGGAAGGAUUGUUGCCCUGAUGCGUGGGGAUGUGGUUCUGGACGGAUACCUCCACAACCAUAAGCAGGGAUGAUCAGAUCAGUAAUUGUUGUUUUUCAAAAGGAGGCCUUGGUACAAUCAAGCACGUCACAUUGAUCUCAAGAUCGAGUUGCCUUGGGCGUUUCGUCGUCAUUCUGAUUCGUAAUCUUUAGUCUUCAGUGUGUGGAAUGAAGCCUAUAGCCUAUAGGACGAGUCCGGCAGUGAUCACUCAUCGGGAGGGCAUCUGAUUUCUUGAUCAAACAAGACUUGCCACGGUUGUCUGGUACCAACCUACUCUGUUCGGGCUGGUCAGAUGCUGUUGUUGAUGGAAUCCUAGUUCUGACAAUUAGACGAGCUGUUGUGUGAUUCGAUUCGGCGGCUGACCUCGUG